CACGUUAAUCAUUUCAUUUGUACGAUGUUUAUGUUUAUAUCUGUUAAAUCUUUAUUCUUUUCAUGAUUUUUAAUGGAAUGGCAUCAGGCAGUUAUAAACGAACACCAUUGUGUAAGACCAUGAUCGAUCUUGCUUUUGUAAUUGACUCCUCCAACAGUUUAUCGGCUCUCGACUUCAGAAACCAAAUACAAUUUGUAAAAGACUUCGUCGACUUUCUUGUUAUUGGUUCAGACGCGACCCGAGUUGCUGCGUUAUCUUUCAGUACUCAUCUGGUCCCUCAAUUUGGAUUCAAUGAUUACACAACCAAGAUAGAUGUGCUUUCCGCUAUUAAUGAUAUUGAGCAUCAUAAUGGCGACGCUACCAGGACAUACCUUGCUUUAAAACACACGCAUGAACACAUUUUCGCUCUUGGUAAUGGGGAAAGAUCUGACGUGGUAGAUGUUGUUAUUGUCUUGACAGACGGAGGUACAAAUCCUGGCAUGUAUGAUAUAUUUACUGCAAGUCAGGGAAAACAACAGACCCAAAAGGAAGCAGCUUUAAUUAAAGACAGAGGAGCUUAUAUAUUUGCCAUUGGGGUUGGAGGAGAGGUCGAUGUCAAAGAGCUCAAUGAAAUAUCCAGUGAUCCAGAUCAAAGGUUCACCAUCCAAGUGUCAAAUUUCUCACAGUUAAAUUCAGAUGAAGUUAAGGAAAUGCUAUUUAAACGUGCAUGUGUCGAAACAAUGGAAUGUCAGGGAUCAAACUGUCUUUCCGGAAAUGGAGCACAACACGUUCACAUUUCGGUUUUAACAUUCACCCUUACAGUCAUCGUCAGUUCCGUGUUAUUUUCUUUCUAAAUAAACCUUCUGAAUGCUUUGCUGUCAAACAGAAUAGUACAAAUGCAUUUGACUUUUCAUGUUUGAUGUAUAUAUAACAGGGGCUUUCGUCGUUCCUGUUAUAUUUAGAGUUCGGGGGGAAAGUCACUGUCUAAAGUCAACAAAACUAAGUUAAGCUUUACGAUGGUUUUAUAUAUAACUUCUUCAAUAGUGCAAUACAUUAAUUACAAUAAAAGUUCAACGGUAAUAUUCCGAAAAGAUAAAACAAAUGGUAAUUCCAAUAAAUGUUCUAUACUAAACACAAUGAAUGUUACUGUAAAUGCACGGCGUCCGUACAGCUUGACCGCUGGUAUCCAACUGACCAUUUACAUAGAAACGAUCUAAUAUGAAUUACGUAAUCUUACUUAAUCAUAACUACAUGUAAUAAUGAAAUUUGUCACUUAAUGAUUCAAACAAAUAAUACAAUUAAAAAACAUAUAUAUGAUAACAAGAAAUGGACAAUGUUAGGAUUUAAUGGAUUAACUUCUCAACAUGUAAGCUAACAAUUUCGAGAACAAUAGUCGCUUGCUUUUAGAUAAAGUUUGAAUUUCCACGAAAUAAAUCAAAGAGGAAAAUAUCGCUGUCACAAAUAACAUAAAUCUUAUAUAAACACUAAGGAUCACUUCUCCGAUGUCUUGUUUUUGUUUACUAACAAAAAUAAAACGAAAAAAAAAAACGAAAUUGAAAAUGUCCAUCUUAAUGUUAAAGGACAAGAAUUCUCACACUGAAUCACAAUAGAUUUCUGUAAAUUACGAACUUUUAGAUAUCUUUUUUAUGAUAAGAUUUCUAUAUAUACUCAAAUGACUAAGACACAUCCUGUUUUAUCUAGGGGUUGAACUUUGUAUGCAUAAUAUUAUAUGAAACUUAGAAACACGCUUUAUUAGUUAAAAUUUUAAAAUUCUUCAUUUCUGGUGUGAAAUUUGUUUCUUUAUUGUACAUGUUAUAAAUAUAGAUACUGGCAGUAUAUCAACAUUAUACUUUUAAUAAUUUUAAGUGGUUUGUUUUUGUUGACAUUUUAACAUAAUUGAUUUUUAUGAAAUGUAGUUUUAAAUAUGUCAUGAUAUUAUCCAUACGCUUAAUGGAGGCGAAUUGAAUAUUGUGGAUAACGCUAACAAUACAAAUUCUAGAUUCGCAUUUC